AUGGCAGCUCGAAGUAUUCAAUAUGCUCUGGCCGAGCUGGGCAAGGUAGCUGCGGCCGCGGUCCACUCAGAGUCGUGCAUUCGGACGGAGACACUUACGGAAGGCAUGCACAACAAAGCAGUCUUGCUCACAAUGAACGAUGGCAAGCAGGUCGUCGCCAAGCUACCAUACCCUGUGGCAGGUCAGCCACACUUCACAACGGCCAGCGAGGUUGCAACGAUGGACUUUAUGCGCACCACCCUGGAAAUUCCAAUUCCGAAAGUAUAUGCAUGGUGUAGCCGUGCCGAAUCGACGCCUGUAGGUGCCGAGUACAUCAUCAUGGCUGUCGCUCGCGGAGUGCCAUUGAAGUCGGUCUGGAAGAAUCUGCAGCUUCAACAUCGUGGUGCAGUCGCAAGAUCCAUCGCAGAAUUCCAGGCAAAAUGGUCGUCAACAACUAUCAAUGGCUAUGGCAGCAUAUACUAUGCUCGCGAUCUCGACGAGCAGCAUCGCCUGCCGCUUGACAACCCUCAAGGCGGCUCCGUCAACAAUUUACAUCUUGCUAUAGGGCCCACGGCUGGCCGAGAUUGGAACGAUGAAGGCCGGCAGCAUGUCGAAUUUGAUAGAGGACCAUGGAGAACCCUUCGAGAAUACCUCACUGCUGUCGGCCGCCGCGAGAUGAUCUGUGUGCAGCAAGUUCCCAAGCUGCCACCAACACAGGUCACCAUUUGUGGUCCAGGAUCGUAUGUACCGACAAGAGAGAAGAAGCUCCGAGCUAUAGAUUAUUACCUCCAGCUCUUGCAGCAUCUGAUGCCCUCAGAUUCUGAUCUGCAGAAAGCAUCAGCUUGGCACUGCGACCUUCAUCUUGAGAACAUCUAUGUUGACCCCGCCGACCCUACAGCAGUGACGGACAUCAUUGACUGGCAAUCGACCGAAGUGGCUCCCCUCUUCCUCCAAGCGCGGCAGCCAUUCAUUCUCGAUCAUGAUGGCCCAGAGGCUGAAGGACUCGAACGCCCAACGCUGCCUGCCGACUUCGCAGAACUUUCGAAAGCUGAGCAGAAUGCCGCGAGCGAAUUGUUCAUGCAACAGUCUCUUUGUGUCGCCUAUAGACUCUGGAUCCAUGAAACGAACAAAGAGGUGUGGAAGUCUUUCGAAUUCCAGAAGACACCGGCUUUCGAGCUUCUCUUGUUGGCGAAAAACCUGCUCGUGGAUGGUGAAGCCACGUACAUAGCCUAUGUCUUCGACUACCUCCGCGAACAUUCCGAAAUCAUGCAGCAAACCGGGCUCACGCUGUCGCAAGAGCUCGUGGCUGAAGUCGAAGCUGAUGCCGAGGGAGCGAGAUACGGUAUGCAUCUCAUGAAGGAGGUCAAGGCGCUUGCAGGUCACCUCUUCCCAGUGCGUGGGUGCGUGAAGGCAGAGAAUUACCACGCGACGAAGGAGGCACUUCGUCACUACAAGGAGGAUAUCAUUAAAGAGCUGGCAAACACAGAUGCAGAACGCGCUGUAUGGGAGCACCUGUGGCCAUGGGAUGAUUGA